AGAAAAAAAUUAAGUAAAUAAAUACAAAAAUAUUAAAGUGCUCAUCACCCUUUGAUGUUAUUUACACUUUGGCCUUUCUAUUAUUUUGGUGGAGGUUAAUCUUGGUUCCAGAACUUUAGUGGCUCAUCUAUGUAUUUCUUUGCAAAUUCCAAUCUAGCCAUCCGAUUCUUACUACUGAUGAGAGGUUUGAAUCUCGUGGUAUGGUAUUCAGGGUUUGAAAUCAUCAAAUCACUAGCCAAUCUGGCGGGUUAUAAAUAAUGUGCACUCGUUAAUUUCCUGGUAAAGCUCAUGUAAGCCAAAUCUGCGCAGUUUUAGCGCAAAUACGCAACUCGUGAGCCAUAAUGGUAUACUAAAUACAACAUUAUUGCGCAGAAUGUGCGCAUAUCUGGCUUACUUGAACACACCCGUCAACAAAUGCAACAAAUUACGGCGCGCUAGACUCGAUACAACUCUGGACUCGAAAAUAAUGUAAUAAUUUGGCGAUAUUUAGCUGGGGUUACUAACCGCAGCGUAAAAAGGAAAGUCGCCCCAAACAAGAAAGGAGACCAAGAAAAGAAAAGCAGAAGUUUUAAUACCAAGUGGCAAACUGGGCACGAAUGGCUCGUCUGUGACUCCACAAAUCAGAUAAUGUACUGUGAGGUACAACUUCAAACUUCUCUUUCGAAACGCUCAUGCUGUGGCGAAAAAAGACCGUGGUUUCAGGAAGCGCGGCUGGAUUAACCGCAGGGAAAAAAGGGAGACCCUUCUCGGAUUUCACAUGGAUGUGUGAUUUAGACUUGACAGUCAGAAAGGUUUAGAUGUAGGGAAAACAUACAGGAAUGUCAAUCAAGCAAAGCUAUUCAAGCACUGCAUAGCGGAGGAAGAGAGAAGAAAGAUAAGGGAGAGUGUGUCCACUGCGAAAUUCAUCUCUGUGAUGACAAAUGGAUCUGUAGACUCUUCAGUUACAGAAGAGGAGAUGGUGUACGUAAGGACCGCAAAGGCUGGGCAGGUCAGAGUUUAUUUUGCUGGUGUUCAGGCAGUCUCUAGGCCAGACGCCAGCCACAUUGCUGAGGCAGUGAGUAGCAUUAUGGACAGCAUAUCAGGCAAUAGCACUCGGUGGAAGAGAAAACUUGUAGCCAUAACCACAGAUGGAGCUGCGGUGAUGACUGGUGAGAAGAACGGUGUGGUCACAAGAAUCCGGGGAGACAGGUCUUAUGUGUUGGGCAUCCAUUGCAUGGCCCAUAGGCCUGAGCUAGCUUACGCUGAUGCAGUGAAACAAAGUCUGAUGGCUAGGAAGGUUGAAGACCUAAUGACUGGUCUUUAUACUUUGUACCACAAGAGCUCAGUAAACAGAGAUAGUCUCAAGGCAAGCUUUGAGGAGCUCAACAUGAAGCCCUUGAUUCCAACCAGAAUUGGUGGAACCCGGUGGGUGGCACACAUCCUCAGGGCUUUAGACCAUUUCCUGAGAGGCUAUGCAGGAAUUACACAUCAGUUGGAAAAGACAAUGCAGACUGAUGUCAAACUUAAGGCCAAGGCCAAAGGAUUCCUUAAUAUCAUCAAUGAUGGUACACUUGUAAAGUUCUCCUGCCUCCUGUAUGACAUUUUGACACACCUCAGCAACCUGUCAGUCACCCUGCAGAAGUCAUUAGUGACUUUGGCUGAGGCUCAAAGCUGCCUCUCUUCCACUCAGGCAGUUUUAAAGAAGUAUAAGUCAAGACUGGGGCCUAAGUUGAGGUCAGUGCUGGAAGCUGAUACAUAUGAGAACGUCCACCUGAAGCCUCCUAAUGCUGAACAGCUGGAUAUGGCCAAGAAACAGGUUAUAGAUUCUCUGUGCCAGUGCCUCACUAAAAGACUUGGGGAUGUAAGCAGUGUUGUCCUGAAGGCUAUGCGACUGAUCAGUUUCCAAUGCUGGCCAGAUGCAGACAUGAGUACAGACUUUGGAGACACUGACGUGGAAGAGCUCACACAUCAUUUCAAGCCUCUUCUCAUGUCAGCUGGAGUGGAUGUUGACUUGAUCCCGGAUCAAUGGACUGUACUAAAGUCACGACUGUACCAGCAAAUGGGGCCCUUAGAGAAGAUAACCUGACCUGCUGUGAACAGGAUGCUGGGCCACGAGUGUCCUGAUAUUCUUCAACUUUUUGACCUCAUACUUGCCAUCCCAUCAUCUUCUGCUGACUGUGAACAAGGUUUUAGUUUAAUGAAGUUGGUGGCCUGCAAGACUGAAGGUUGAGACGCUCUGUGACCUUCUUACUGUCCAGCUAAACUCUCCUGAUAUCAUGCACUUUGAUCCCAACAAUGCCAUUGAUAUAUGGCAUGCAGAGAGUUUACGCUCCCGCAGACCAGAGUUCACAUGCAAAGACCGAGCUGAAAAACAGCACUUCCUUAGUGACACAGUGGACUCUGAGGAUGAGAGCUCUGAGGACCUCUGAGCAUUUGUUUAAGCGAAAUUCAGAUUUUAUAAUAAAUAAUAAUAAAAUAUGUAAUAAAUGUUUAUAAAUAAAGAUGUGACAUGGUUAAUCUGGUUAUGGACAUCUGAGCAUUUGCUUAAGUGAAAUUCAGAUUUUAUAAUAAAUAAUAAUAAAAUAUAUAAUAAUUUUUUUUUUUUUGUAAUUCAAGUUUUUAUUGCUUUCAUCCGGUACAUGACAGUAUCAUACAAAACACAAAAUACAGAUAAUACUGCAUGUAAGGCCAGAAUAUAUACAGUGAGAUUAACAGAGAUAGACAGAAUACUAAAUAAGGAGAGAAAAAAAAAGAUAUAAAUAAAUAAAUUUUUUUUUAAAAAAAUUAAUAAAUGUAAAUAAAUUAAUAAAUAAAUAAUAAUAAUAGUAAUGACAAGUCAAAAUUAUUGCGUCACAUGGAAAGACAGUGUCACAAAAGACCAAAAGUCUUCCCAAACCGGAAUACCCACAGGGACCUCUGCUUUGUUCGUACGAAGCUGUCUUAGUCAUUAUGUUGACCCAUUCUUUUAGUUCUGGGGUUUUGGGAGUUUCCCAGUGUUUCAAGAUGACUCUAGCCGUCACAGAGACCCCCACCAUGAUCACUGCGAACUCUCCCUUUGUAAUAUUUGGCAUCUGCUCCCUGUCUCCCAGUAGACAUAACCUUGGUGAUACUGGUAUUGUUGUUCCAAGCAAUUUGCUUAAGAUAUUUAAAGUUUGGUGCCAUAAAGG